GGUAUCUCCGAGAGCAACGAUGUGGGAGUGCGCGUGACCGAGAAAGAAAGAGAGUGCGCGCUGGAGCACCUGAACAACUGGGCGGACGCUCGCUUUCGCUGUCCACGGUUCUGAAAGAACUCGAAUCCGAUGAGUCCGUGAUCAAUUAACAUAAUCGCUCAAAUCCAAACCCUGCAAUGGUAAAUCUUGUUUCACCUGGGUGUUAACCUUUUGUGUGUUAAUCUCGGAUAUUUUUAAUCUGGCGUCUGACAAAAGUCUUCCAGCCUGCUCCGUUUUCCCCCCAUGCAAUUAGAAUAAGGAAAAUGGAUCUCCAAGGACCAGCAUUCCAUGAGGCAAAAGAAGGAAUUUUCGUGACUGUAAAAUAAACUCUACCUCCAGUUGCGCAUGCAGGCGUUUUUACGCACAUUUCAUUCGCUCUCCAAGGAUUACAACUCUCGCAACACGAUCCACCGCGGAGAAAGAGAUAAGCCAUUUUAAUCACACUCAAGCAAUAUGUUCGGACAUCUUCCUCAUUCAAAGCAGGUUUUCUCUUUGUAAGUACCAAACGGAGUGUCGUCUUUGGACAUGGAUACCAUGAAACAGCGAGUGUUCACCCCCGGAAAAGAGGGGCUGAAAAAUUUUGCCGGGAAGACCCUGGGGCAUCUCCAGAGGGUGAUGGAGAAGCGUCAUGACACCGGAGAAGUUAUCGAGCUUACAGCAGACGGAAGACCCAAGGAGGUCAAAGAGAAGAAGACACCUUUGUGCGACUGCACGUGCUUUGGGCUCCCCCGCCGCUAUAUCAUCGCCAUCAUGAGCGGGCUUGGCUUCUGCAUCUCCUUCGGCAUCCGCUGCAACCUGGGCGUGGCAAUCGUGAGCAUGGUCAACAACAGCACCAUUCACCGGGAUGGCAAGAUCAUUGUCACUGAGAAAGCUAAAUUUAACUGGGACCCGGAGACGGUGGGUAUGAUCCAUGGGUCGUUCUUCUGGGGCUACAUCGUCACGCAGAUACCUGGAGGAUGGAUCUGUUCUCGUCUGGCGGCCAACAGAGUCUUUGGGGCCGCUAUUUUUCUCACGUCAACACUAAAUAUGUUCAUCCCUUCUGCGGCUCGUUCGCACUAUGGAUGCGUCAUCUUCGUGAGAAUACUCCAGGGAUUGGUGGAGGGUGUGACCUACCCCGCAUGUCAUGGGAUCUGGAGUAAGUGGGCUCCACCUAUGGAGAGGAGUCGCCUGGCAACCACCUCUUUCUGUGGUUCCUAUGCUGGAGCAGUUAUAGCCAUGCCCUUGGCUGGGAUCUUAGUGCAGUACUCAGGCUGGUCUUCUGUCUUCUACAUCUACGGCUGUUUUGGCAUAGUGUGGUACAUGUUCUGGAUCCUAGUGUCAUACGAGAGCCCUGCUGACCACCCCACCAUCACGGCCGAGGAGCGGACCUUUAUCGAGGAGAGCAUCGGCGAGGGCGCCAUGCUCAUGGGCGCUGCUGAUAAAUUCAAGACUCCCUGGAGGAAGUUCUUCACCUCCAUGCCCGUCUAUGCAAUCAUCGUGGCCAACUUCUGCCGCAGCUGGACCUUCUACCUGCUGCUCAUCAGUCAGCCGGCAUACUUUGAAGAGGUGUUUGGCUUCGAAAUCAGCAAGGUUGGUAUGGUCUCAGCUUUGCCUCACCUGGUGAUGACCAUCAUCGUGCCAAUCGGGGGACAGCUGGCUGAUUAUCUGCGUGCCAAAAACAUCAUGUCCACCACCAACGUCAGGAAGAUCAUGAACUGUGGAGGUUUUGGAAUGGAGGCCACUCUGCUGCUGGUCGUGGGCUUCUCCAAAAGUAAGGGCGUGGCCAUUUCCUUCCUGGUGCUGGCUGUCGGAUUCAGUGGCUUCGCCAUAUCAGGGUUUAAUGUGAACCACCUGGACAUUGCGCCCAGGUAUGCCAGUAUCCUCAUGGGCAUCUCCAAUGGUGUGGGAACCCUCUCAGGCAUGGUUUGCCCCCUCAUCGUGGGUGCCAUGACCAAAAACAAGACCCGAGACGAGUGGCAGUAUGUCUUCCUGAUUGCAGCAUUGGUGCACUACGGGGGCGUGAUCUUCUAUGGUAUCUUCGCAUCCGGCGAAAAGCAGCCGUGGGCCGACCCAGAGGAGACCAGCGAGGAGAAGUGUGGCUUCAUCGACGAGGAUGAGCUGGCCGAGGAGACAGGCGACAUCACGCUCGGCCACAUGCCUCUGGGAGCCCAGAGCGGGGCCGGCGGGGCCUCCAAGACCUACGGGGCCACCACGCAGGUCAACACCGGCUGGGCCCAGAGCUGGGACAAGACAGAGGAGUACAUCCAGGAGGGAGCCACACAGCCCUACAGUGCUGGGCCGGACGAGGACUACUCCUAGAGCACAAGUAGAUAUACAGAGCAAAUAUAGCUAUCGGUCAUGAAAAUAAACACACAGUAUUACACAUGAAUACAUUCUCCUGAUGAGUCACACAGAGAAAGAGAGAGAGAAUAUAAUUUAAAAUAGAUAUACAAAAAGUAAGUAAAAGUAAUAAAAUAGUAAACAAUAGCAAGAGAUAUAGAUAUAUAAAUAAUAAAACGAUUACAGGUAAUGUAAAUAAUUCAUAGUAGUGCUAUAAAACCGUCUUUGCAAAGAAACACAGAAAUACAGUCCUGCACAGGAAUGCAACACACCUGAUUCAAUCAGAGGUGACAUUUAGAAAAGUUUGUUUUUCUUUAUGAACUUUACUUUGACAAUGGAUGAUAGCCAAUACCAGACCUGAUAUCUCUCCCAAAAGAUAGAGGGAGACUAGGUGGAAGUGGCGGAGUCCUGGGCUGGACUUUGUAUAUUCUGGUUGGGAUGAGCUAUACUAUACCAUAGAGAAAAAGAAAGAGAGGGGCCUGAGCAAGGCAUUUAGGUAAUGCAUAUAGUCUAUAGAGAGCUCUUUAACACAAAAUCUAUUUAACAGAACAUCUAUUGUGGUUUGCGCAAUCAAAAUUACAUAUUAAAACUGUUGUAUAUCUCAAUUUAAGAUAUAAUAUGUACUAUGAAUAAAAAGGUCUUACAUGUAAAGUUAUAUUUUAACUUUUUUGGUGCAAACUUGUUUAAAUUGUGAUACAGUUCUCAUUCCAUUCAUUUCCUCUAGGUAGAAAUCAGAUAGGUGAAACCCAUGGUCUUUGAUGGGUCUUUUAACCACCUAGUUGUGUAGUUUGAUCAAAUUUUGUGACAUGCACUCAUUUCAGACAGCCGUCUUUAUCUGUCCCUGAUCGUAGAACCUUUGUCAGUUGUGUUUUUGCACCUGAGGACAAAAGAUCCAAUUUCACACCAAAAACAGAGAUGUUGAUCAAAAAUGAUUUCACUUUCAAUCUGAUUUCUCAUGGAACUAACUGUCCAAUUUGGUAACCAUUUUCCACAUUAUCUAGUUCAAACUUCCCUUUCUCUGGGAAGUUGGAGUCAGAGAGUCCUUUCUGUAAUGAGUGCCAUGGUCAUGCCAUCUGUACCGUACAUCAUACAUAUCAGCAUCAGCAUCUGUAACACUGUUUUUAAAGAUACUUUGAAUGCACUGAUGAAUAUUCUAUAGACAACAAAUCAUUGAAAACAAAAAAAAGAAAUAUCUGAUUUGUAAAAGUUGUGUUUUUACAUGCAUAUUUACUGUUUGUGUGAGACUGUCGUGAUGUGGGGCUGGUGAUCUGUGUGCUGCUUGUUAUCCUUACUAAGGCCAUUUUGCCAUGGACUGAGUCUCGUGGGCAUGAAGUGCAGUUUUGUUUGUUGUGUCUUUGGUUAGAGGUCCAGUUGGGAUUAUGAGAAAAAAAGCACUUCUCCUUAGAAAAAAGCUAAAGUGUCAAGAGAACCUGCCAAAAUCACAGACAGGUGUCCACUGGAUUUCUCCACUGUUGUUUUAAACGAUUGUGUAACAGUGUUUGACUUUUGCCAUUCGGAAAUAUUUUGGGUUUACAUCCAACAAACCAUCACUGAGACCUCAAGUAUGACACCAGUUUCCCAUCUAUGUAUGUCUGUAGUGGUUGGCAAAACAUUGCUUGUUUGGGAAGCUUAUUUUUCAUACGAAAUGCAAUAAAUCAACGAUUAUGGUGGCUGGUCUCUAUUGUUGUGUAACAUGGUAAUGACAGAUGUCAUGGUAAUUGUUUUGAAGUCAUGUGAUGAAAAAAAAAAUCUUUUGGGGUCUACAACUUAUGCUGCUUGAUAUCUAGGAAGAACAUUGCAUUGUCCCGGUGGGGAACCCUGAGCCAUGAAUAUGGGCAUUUAUUUUUCCUCUGGGUGUGGGUGGGUUUGGGGAUGUGGGGAACUCUUGUUGAUGUUGGAAAACAGGAGGAUUUUUUUGUACAUGUAAUGCUCCUCUGUGGAGAAUGUGGAAUCAUAGACUCACCAAAAUCUUCAUAAUUGAUUUCAGUCUGACUGAGAUGUGAUGUGAAUGUACAACUUUCCUUAUGUCGGUAUUCAGAAUUGCACAAAUAUUUAAUUGAUCUAAAUGAUACAUUCCUGGUUUAUUGCCUCAGCUUGAAACAUGUGUAUUAUUAUUGAACAGCACAAGUUAUUGAUAUUGUGUCAAAUGAAAAGGUUUGUUAAUGUCAGAAAGUGUUCUACUGUAUAAAUGCUCAAUCUAUCAUUUUAUAUAUAAAAAGAAUGCAAACCAA